GUCUCGGUAGGCGUGUCCUAUGGCCAUCUCCCUCGAAGAGGCGACGCUCGUUUCAUUAUUUGUACAAUGCAUUCUUUAUGGCAUUUUUAGUAUCAUGUUGAUGGUAUCAACCUAUGUCCUUCUGCAGCGGAGGGCUGUGAACCCAAACGUCAGCAAGUGGAUAUUGGCUGGCGCUCCUUUGAUGUUUCUGCUCGCAACGAUUCACGUCUCGACAGACUUAGCGCGAGUCAUCAUUGCCUUCAUACAGAACCCUUCGAAUACUUUCAACAUCCUGAAUUCAAGCGCCUCUACAAUAUACCUCCUGAAGACCUCUAUCUUCAUUAUUCAGACGUGGCUCGGCGAUGGUUUUAUGAUAUAUCGGAUGUAUCUAGCGUGGAAUGGAGCCAAACGGGUUGUGGUUCCUAUCUAUUUCGCCUACUUGGGCAGUAUAAUCGUGAGCAUCGGCACCCUUCAUGCUUGCGCUACCAAAGCCACCGAAGCUUCGAUAUUUUCGCUUCGGAACUGGGUUUACGGUUGUUUUGCUAUGACCCUGGCAGUGAACUUGACAUGCACCGUGCUCAUCGCUGUUCGGAUCCUAUAUUUUGUCAAGCUCACGCGAAACAUUAGCGUGCACGGACGAAAUCCUGCGUCUGCCGCGGUCAUCGUCAUUGAGUCCGGCGCGCUGUACUCGAUCUGCCUUAUCUUCUUGCUCGCUCUGUUUGGGCUAGAGAACUUCGCGCAAUAUAUUGCACUCGAUGCUAUUGUUCCCAUGGUCGGCAUCGUCUUCACCAUGAUCACCGUACGAGUCGGACUAGGCAUGUCGUUCCAACACGAGACUACGCAAAGGAACACUACUCGUCGCUCGCGCCGCGCUCCGCUGGUGUUUAACCAUGUCAACAACACAACUGCGUUUUCGCAGGAGCUCACAAAGCCCACACCCGCCCUCGCCAUCAACGUCUCUCGGGUGACACACACCGAUGUCGAAGACCGUGAGUACCCGUUGAAAAGCGGCGGUCUCAUCCAGUCUCCGUCUGCUGACUCCCAGGAACUUGAGGAGUCGCGAUAUCUUCCAUAGCAGCCUGAGAGACUUGUGUGUACGAUUAUUUACGAUGUUGCUCUAUUCUCCAUGGGUUAUUGUAGAAAUCCCUGGUAGGAAGUAAUGGAGCCUGAUUUUGUACUUCCGAUGAGUGGGAACGUAUCGACUUUGAUGCCCGAUAUCAAAGUAGUAACUUAAAUAGAUGUACGGCCGCAGCAGGCAUUCAUAGUCGGGAAUUCACAGCUUG